UCUCACUCCCUCAUUCCUUUUUAUUCCACAGCAAGUUUCAGCCUCUGCCAAAUUUCCUCUCUCUAAUGCUAGCUUGAAAUUAGGGUUUAGGGUUUCUGCAAUUGAAAAAAAAUGGGAAUCGAGAAGAAAGAGAAGAGAGAUCACGAUCGGAUCGACGCCGUGCUCAAUAUCCUGAAGAAACAAGCUCCUCUCACAGUGAAACAGGAAAAGUACUGUAACGAUGCUUGCGUUGAGAGAUUCUUGAAAGGGAAAGGCGAUAAUGUGAAGAAGGCUGCGAAGCAUCUGAGGACUGUUCUUUCUUGGAGAGAGAGCAUCGGAACUGAUCAUUUAAUAGCGGACGAGUUCUCGUCGGAGCUCGCCGAGGGGGUUGCUUACGUGGCAGGUCAUGACGACGAGGCCCGGCCUGUUAUGGUUUUUCGCAUAAAGCAGGAUUAUUUCAAAUUUCACACGCAGAAAUCGUAUUUGCGUUUGCUUGUGUUCACGCUGGAAGUGGCCGUCUCGUCCAUGUCUCGCUUUGUCGACCAGUUUGUUCUCCUCUUCGAUGCGAGCUUUUUCAGAUCAGCCCCUGCCUUUUUGAACCUUUACAUGGGAACUCUCAAGGUCAUCACGGAGUUCUACCCCGCUAGGCUUCAUAGGGCCUUCGUCAUCGAUGCUCCCUCCAUGUUCUCCUGUCUCUGGAAGGGAGCUCGGCCGUUUGUGGACCUCUGGGCAAUCACGUCGCUGGUCUCGUCUCUCGACUACGAUGACUCUUUAGAGGACGACGCUGCGUUCUCCUUCGCUUACCCGAACAGGACCACGUCGUUGCGACUCGAACGUCUUUUUAACGGCCCUUUUAACUCCAUAAAAUCCAACGGCGGGGGCCGCUCCACGUCGUCACGUGUUCGCCUUCACGGUCUCCGCCUCGACUCGCUGAAACCCUGGUACCUAAGCUCAGUGACUCCCACGAACGGCCCGCAGGCGGAAGCCCUUCGCUCCUCGGCGUCUCCCCCCUCAACAGCACGCUCCUACUCCUUCGCCUCGCCGAGCGCUUCGGUCGACCCCGGCCCCCACCAGAAGCUGCAGGGCACAGCCGCGCCAAGCAGGCGGGACGCUAGGCCGUCGCUUCCUCCAAUCCCCUCAAUGCUUCUUCUCACCGGUUCAACGAAGAAAAGAGACGGCAGGGCCGCUAAGCAGCCGGGCGGGCAGCAAGGCGAGUAG